AUGGAAAAUGUGCAAAAUAGUAUGCACUUGGUUCUCUCAACUGAUGCAAAGCCAAGACUCAAAUGGACUCCUGAACUUCACCAAAGAUUCAUCGAGGCAAUUAAUCAGCUUGGAGGUUCAGAAAGUGAAGAAAUGAAGAACAGUGAAGGUCCUUGUAGCAGCAGGGAAGAAGGUAUUGGGACACAGAAUGAGAUGAGUGAAAGCAUGCAAAUUGCUGAGGCACUCCAUAUGCAAAUGGAAGUACAGAAGAAACUUGAUGAGCAAAUUGAGGUGCAGAGACAUUUGAAGCUUAAAAUUGAAGCACAAGGGAAGUACUUGCAAUCAUAG